AAUUCUGCACACAUGGAAGCCGACAGCUUAACCGUAACUUCAAGAAAAUCUCCUCUUUAUGUUAUUCUUCAUUUCUAUCGUAUUUUAUCAAAUUAUUUGCAUUUUUAAAUCAUUUACGCCUCGAUUAUGGAAAUCUGUAGCCCCGAGGGAAUUUGGAUCAUCGAAGUGAACUGUAAUCUAUAUGUUUUCCGGUUCAUUGAUCGGUUCAGAGUGUAAAUUAGUAUGAAUUAUUUGAAAUGACAGCUCCAGUAUUCAAAGAUUGUGCGCAAUUCACAUGCGUUUCCAUUGAAUUGUUGGAUUUAUCAGGGUACCACGGAGUGGCGAGAUUACGGAAAGGAAGAGAUUCAUGACUGUGUCAUCAAGCUGAGGCCCAAUCCUCAGAGACGGAAAAAUGAAGUUUUUAUUGGCUGUGGUGCUGGUUUUGGGGGCGAUCGACCUAUGGCAGCCCUAAAAUUGCUUCAGAGAGUAAAGGAAUUAGACUAUCUUGUAUUGGAGUGUUUGGCAGAACGUACCCUUGCCGAGCACUAUCGGUCAAUGACGUCUGGUGGCAAGGGUUAUGAUCCCCGUAUAUCUGAGUGGAUGCAAUUGCUCUUACCCUUGGCUGUGGAGAGAGGAGUUUGCAUUAUUACCAACAUGGGUGCAAAGAAUCCAUGUGGUGCUCGCAAUGAGGUUUUACGAAUUGCUAGCAGACUGGGCAUCAGUAUUACAGUCGGUUUGGCCUAUCAGCACAAAGUCUUGAAAUCUGAUUUGAAGGAUGUUCUGAGAGAUGAUGAUGCUGAUGUUAGCGUGUAUCUGGGAGCAGCUCCAAUUGUGGAGUGUCUUGAGAGAUAUAGACCAAAUAUUGUUAUCACUUCUCGAGUUGCAGAUGCUUCCUUGUUCUUGGGUCCGAUGGUGUAUGAGUUGGGCUGGAACUGGGAUGAAACAAAGCUGUUAGCCCAAGGUUCACUAGCUGGGCACCUGCUGGAGUGUGGUUGUCAGCUCACAGGAGGAUACUAUAUGCACCCAGGAGACAAAUACCGAGACAUGUCUUUCCAAGAUCUCUUGGAUUUAUCACUCCCAUUUGUGGAAAUCAAAUAUGAUGGUUCAGUAUGUGUGGCGAAGGACGAUAGUAGUGGUGGGUUACUGAACUCCAGCACUUGUGCUGAGCAGCUUUUGUAUGAGGUUGGGGAUCCUGGAAAAUACAUUACCCCUGAUGUUAUUGUAGAUUUCCAAGAUGUUGUAUUUCAACCAAUGUCGAAGAAUAAGGUCCUCUGCACUGGAGCAAAACCACAUGUAGAAGUGAUACCUGAUAUGCUGUUACUGCUAGCCUCAAAGGAUCAUGGUUGGAAAGGGUGGGGAGAAAUAUCCUAUGGGGGUUAUGAAUGUGUAAAACGUGCUGAAGCUGCUGAAUUCUUGGUGAGACGCGAAGAUGUACAAUGGGGAAUCUCAGCAAUGGGUGUCAUCACCUCAAGUGCACAGACCGCGAGCCUCCAUAAAACAGUGGGUGCAUCGAUAUCUCCAUCAAUCUCCAAAGACGAAGAAACAAUCAAAGAACCACAGCUUUAUUCCUCUCCAGCUCCAUCCGGGACAAAGGUUCCCCUGUAUAACAUAGCCCACAGCAGGGCUGGUGACAAAGGGAAUGACCUCAACUUCUCCAUAAUCCCGCAUUUCCCACCUGAUAUAGAAAGGAUAAAAACCUUUAUAACUCCAGAUUGGGUGAAGCAAGCUCUCUCCCCUCUUCUGAAUCACACUUCGUUUCCAUCUCCGACAGAUAUUGAACAAAGAAACAAAUGGAUAGCUGAGAAUGUGAAGGUGGAGAUAUAUGAAGUCAGGGGUAUCCGUUCUUUGAACGUCGUCGUUCGCGAUAUCCUAGAUGGCGGUGUCAACUGUUCGCGUAGAAUCGACAGACAUGGCAAGACCAUAUCAGAUCUCAUAUUGUCUCAGCAUGUCUUGUUGCCUCCAUGAUCCAGCAAUUCAUUUCUUAAAACGAUAUAAUUUCUUGGCGAUCAAAGAAGACGCCAGAAGGUCCGUUUUCCGGUUGCAGAGCUACCCGCACGACAUUUGAAGCUCCUUCUUCCGCGGUCAGGUGUCCGGUGUUGUAAGUUAUGUCUGUUUUAACGUGGCCGGGGCAGACACAAUUGACUUGAAAGGAAGGGUACUUUUGUGAUAUGAUUCUUGAAUAUGCAUUCAUGGCUGUUUUUGAGACAACAUAUGCUGGCAUGAAAGAAGGCCAUCCCUUUUCUCGGAAACAGCCCUUUUUGUAGUCCUCUAAAAACAUAUCCACCACUUCAUCCACCGCCUUUUCAUCGCCGCCCUCUGUGACGCCGUUGCCCAACGCUCCUUUGGCCCACUCGUUACGUAUGUUCUAAAAAUAUCAUGAAAGAAGCACAAUAUGUAACAGUCAAGUAAGUAAAUUCUUUAAUUAGUCGUUUAUAAUAUAUAGGGGUUUUUCAUAUUUAGUCUUUUAUUAUCAAAUAUUAUGUCCGUGGUCCUUAUAUAGAUACUUUUUCAUGG